AUCUCAUGUCUGAUAAUUUAGAUAUAAAUUUGGCAUUAAUUGGUGUAGUAGGAAAUGGUUCUGAUUCUGGUUUUGGAAAAUGCCCAGAUUGUGGAAAAGAAAGAAUCAGUGAUAGAUGCGAAAAUCUUAAUCUUGAUAAUUUAAUUAGAUAUACUCAAUUGAACGCAAAUGGAAGUAUAGAUUAUUUAGAAUAUAUAGAUUUUAAACGAUUUGAUCUUAUAGAAAAUACAAAUAAAGGCGAUGCAUUUAGCAAUAUUUAUUCAGCGAUUUGGAUGGAAGGUCCUCGAUGGAUCUGGGAUGAAAUGGCUGACCAAUGGAUACGUAAUGGACCCAUAAGAGUUUUUCUAAAGAAACUUAAUAACUCGCAAAUUAUAAGCACAGACUAUUUGAAUCAACUUUAUAAAUGUCAGCGUUGUCUGCAUGGUGGAAGUGUUGCGGAUUUGUUUGAAUUAUCUGAUCAAUUUGAUCUUGCUGAAGAGAAAAAAUUUUCAAAUUUGGAAAGUAAUGGUUUUUAUCAGGAAAGAAUUCAUCAUGAAGCUUUCUAUACAAGCAGGCUCUUGUAUUUCCCUGAAUAG